AUGAAUCCUACAGAGACGCCCGAUGACGACUCGGCGUUAGGCGAGUCCACCUACGAGCUCAUCAAUACAGAUGACGAGAGCCAGGAUGGUCGAGCCACCGAGGCCGAGUCCACGAGCUCCUUCGACUACACUCGGAUCGAUGACGUCCACAGCCUUGCCGGUACCGAGCAUACAGAAGAUAUGACCAACCACUCCGAUACCGACUCGGACGAGGAAGACGAGGAGAAUGCCGCCGAAGACCGGUCUCGAGCGUCAUCUAUCCAAUACGCCGAGCAGAGCCUUCUCAACCCGUCAUCGCGUCCCACUCCGUUGGUCCAGUCGAUCGAGUUCGACGAGACGCAGGGCCCGCUCCACCUCAAGCAGGUAGCAGUCAAGCAUACCAUCCAUAGUUUCACAGAGGAGAAGUCUGGCUCUAUUGCCAAGGCUCUCAGGUUCCCGGACAAGAGCAAGCGUCUCUUUGCAGCGGUUCGCCAAACCAUGGCAUCUGAUUUCUUGGCCACCAGGGAGCCGCUUCGCAUCAUGUACACUGGCAGCCACGGCGCCAAACACGACAUCAUCUACAAGAUCUCGUCAGCCUUUACUGCGUCAGCCUCCGCGGAUGAGUGCGGCAUCACCGAGGACGAUGGUAUCUACAAUGUCGUGCCCAUCUCAUCCCGCGGCUCCGCCAAGGUUCCCGAGGUGGAGCUGAUGAAGACUUCACAGUACCAGAUCAAGGUCGAGAACUGCACGGCGGCCAGGGAGAUCAUCUACCAAGGAGAGCGAUUCCCCGGCGAAACUGUCUACUCAAUCACCAUCGACGGUGAUCGAACUUUCCAGUCGGCGUUUGCUCCCAGCGGCUCCAUUGUUGAGCCAGCUUGGACCUUGCCGCAUGUGGCCAUCUUCUACGUUACUGAGAACGACGACGAGGCCGCCCAAAAGACCCGUGUCGCUGCUUGGCAGUUUAUGCAGCGUCACGCUGUUCCUUGCAUCUUCAUCUCAAACGCGGAGACCUUCCACGAGCCCACUGUCAACUGGAACGACAUGAUCGACCAGCACGCCAUUCAUCUGUGUGUGGAAUCGUCUGAUCGUGCCUCGCCUUCUGUCAAAUUACCAAUCGACCUGACGACUUUCCUGAACAUUGAUGCCCGUCAGAUGAACCGCAACCUAGCAUAUCUCACCGGCCUCUAUGACGCCGCAGGAGAGUCUGCGAAGAGUGGCGAUUCCGACAUCUAUGUCCAGGCGACGAAGAUGAUGCGGAGCGUUCGUCGGCGCGCCGUCGACGCCACGGGCGAUCUCGAUCUGUGGAAUGUCGCCCAGACUUUGAUGCUCAGUCUUGGUGUGAUUGCAACUGCACUGCUUUGCAAUUACUUUGUGGCAGGCUCACCGGCGCCAGCCCUGUCGACGGUGACCUCGACUACGCCUUCGGCCCAAGUGGCGUCUACGACCUCGGCGUCGGUCUCCACUUCGACCAUCACCAUCAACCUGACUUCCACGACGACGAUUCGCGUACCUCAAGCGAAGACAUCCCCAAGCAGCACAGCUGUAGCACCCUUCGCAGAGUUGGCAGAUUUUCUCGCCGACAAGUUCCCGGAAUCUCAGAAGGGAUACGUCUGCUCGGCAGAAAAGUUUGGGCGCAACGAAAUCCUCAUCAAGAUCCCCUCUGGUACGAAGACAUCCUGGCUUGCCAAAGACUCGAUCACCAUCGAUGUCCUCAAAGGCGAGAGAGCUGUUAAGACAAAGUUCUCUUCGAUCGAUGAGGGCAUUCUCAUCGAGAUCCCUAAGUCGGAGGCGUACGGUGUUCUCACCAUCGCUGUUAACACGACCCGGAAGCCCAAGGUCAAUGAGACGUUCCUUAUUGACUUUGGCAAGACCAGCCUUGAACGAUGCCUCGGGUACGGCAAACUGGUUGCUGAUCAUGUAAUUGAUGUGGCAAGCAGCGCUGCACGGCAAGCAGAGGAGCAAGCCAUGGGUCUCGCAGGCUUGAAGGACACCGUCAUGGCCGAUAUCAGGGAGGUAUCUGCCCGCUUCACCACCGAGGCCGCUCACACAGCCAACGCCGUAAAGGAGUCAUACCAGAACUUGCAGAACCUCCAGGAAUCGCGCAAACUGCGGGACCUUAAAGAUCAAAUGGAUAUCUUCGUCACCAAGGCUCAAAUCAGUUCGAGACUCUUAGUGCUAAAGGUACUACAGAAGACGGAAGAGCACGGUACUUACCUGGACAAGGCGAAGAAGCACAUGGAAAAGCUGCGAUCGCAGGCGUCCGAGGCCAGCAAGCAGCGACUGGACAAGGAGAGAAAGGAGUUGCGAGCUCGUCGGAAGAGAGAGCGCCUGGAGGCUAGAUGCCAAAGUGGCACUGGCUUUUCUCGGUGGACCCAGCAAUGCAAGCAGCAAGGCUAG